AUGCGAUAUCACGUCCUUUCACAGAUAUAUACUAAUACGUAUUUGUUUAUAUCUGUGCGUCCUUUUAACUAUAAUAGCAAUAAUAGUUGAGUAUAGUGUAAAAGUAGGAUUUAUCAGCAUGGCUUAAGUGCCAAGUGGUAUAGGUAUAUGCAAUCAGCCUACAGCAGCAGCCAGCAGCUGUUCGUGUGACUUGCUAUCAACAUUCAAAAGUGAUAAAAGAAAAUAAAGUCCAUUGGCAAUUAUUGACAUUCGGCGUUUGGAAUUUUGGACAACCACUCCAAAUUCCGAUAGGUAAUAGGUAUUCAAUAAUGAAACUUGAAUAUCGAAUUAUUGAAUACCAACUCAUUAAAUCGUUAAAAGUUAAAACCAUCAUGUAGAGUUCUACAAGUUUCUGUGCCAUCGUCACAAUGAAUAAAAUAUAGUACACGAUUAAACUUGCAGCUUUUUAGUACAACGAUUGAAUGAAAAACGGUCCUACUCAAAUAUGAAUCUUACAAAUAGACUGAUUUGGUUCCUACAGAUUUCAGAUUUACAUCUUAGCGUUUUCCACGAUUGGGAACGAGUAACUGAGCUCAAAGAAUUUUGUGAAUUAACUUUGGAUACCAUUAAACCUUCAGCUGUAUUAGCGAGUGGAGAUCUAACCGAUGCUAAAAAAAAAGAUGGUAUUGGAUCAACACAGUAUGAAGGAGAAUGGUUAGCAUACCACGAUGUAUUGACAUCUGGGAAAGUGUCUGAAAAAACUAAAUGGUUAGACAUUCGUGGAAAUCAUGAUAGUUUUGAUGUAAACAAUUUAGAAUCUCCAAAAAAUUUUUACCGAAAAUAUUCUGAACAAGGCCAGACUCAUCCACGAUCAUAUAAAUACAAAGUUACAAAUCAUGCCGGAAUGAGUCUUAAUAUGAUUGCAGUUGAUGCUUGCUUGGAUCCAGGACCAAAAAGACCAUUUAAUUUUAUUGGAAACUUGGAUGAACCUGAAAUUCUUCAAUUGCAGUCUUUAGCAAAUAAUACCAAAGAUCCUAUUGUAUGGUUUGGACAUUACCCAACUUCAUGCAUAUUUACAUCAGGAAGUAAAACUGUAAGGUCCAUUAUAGGUGAAAAUCCAAUGUCUGUUGUAUACUUAUGUGGUCAUUUGCAUACAUUAGGUGGUUUGGUGCCACAAAUGUAUACAAUGCAAAACGAAGGUUUUGCAGAAUUAGAACUAGCUGACUGGAAAGAUGGAAGAGCGUUUAGAUUAAUAGCAUUUGAUCAAGGAUCAUUUUCAUUUAUUGACAUACGCCAUGGUCAAUGGCCAAUUAUAUUAGUCACUAAUCCAAAAAUACCCUGGCUUACUAUACGAAAUAUGGAAACUGAAGAAGACCGAGAGGCAAAUAUUAAAUAUAUUAGAAUAUUAGCCUUUUCUGUUGAUCCUAUCAAACAUGUAUUAGUACAAAUAGAUAAGGAAUAUAAAUGGAGAAAUUGUAGUCAUGUGAAAGGUAGUCCUCUUUAUAUAAUUGAAUGGAAUUAUAAUGCAUACUCAAGUGGAUUGCAUACAUUAAAUGUUAGAGUAGAAGAUAUCCAAGGACGUAAACAUGAAAUUAACCAUCCUUUUUCAUUUGACAAUUCUAAACCGGGACUAAAAUUAUUUUCACAAUGGCCACUUAAUGUUUAUUUUCCUGAUGUGUUACUUAUGAUGUUUGUGAUUGCAUCUUUGGCUAACCUGUUGCCGCUUAUAGUUUAUCGAUUUGUUAGCAAAUGCACAAAAUAUAGAAUCAACUAUAAUGCAAAAUUAUCACUAAUCAAGAGAUACUCAAGAAAAAUGAUUUUAUUAUCAAGUGUGAAUCGUAUAUUUUACACAUUGCUUUUAUUUUACAUUUAUCUGUGUAUAGGUCCAUGGGCUGUUGGAGAACUUGUAACCGACUUGAUAGGUUGGGUCUUUCCAUGGGGCAUUUAUGUCAAGGGAAAACUUAUAAAGGAUUCUUUUAUAUAUGCAUAUGGUUUUGGACAAAUUUUAACUUUUCAAUUGCCUCUUAAUUGUAUACUUAGUCACCGGCUCGAUAAAAGAAUGCAAUCAUUACCAAAUACCCAAUAUACAUUUGUUACUUCACCAUAUAUUUAUGUGGAUAUGAUUUUUUUCUUUCUGAUAAUUUGGCAAAUUGUAUGUUGUCUAUGGUUUUUUGGAGCAUAUGGUUGGAUAGCUACUAUAUUUGGUCCAUUAAAAACAUGGUCAAUAUUUAUUGCACUUUGGCUUUGGAAUGAAACACGAAGAAUUACUAUAAAUGAGAUACGAUGUGCAACAGGAGUAAUGGAAAAACUAAAUACAAAUUAAACACUGUAUAAUAUAAUAUUAUUGUUUAUUUCACAAUUGCGUAGAAAUACACUGUUGUUAACAGGAUAAUUGUAACGUCCUAUAUUGACAUUUGUCCACAUUAUUUAUUGAUCCCUAUAGUUUAAUUUAUCACUAACUAUAUCAACAUAAUAUAUUUAUAUAAUUUUAUUAUUUUUAUUUAUUUUUUAAAAAAAACCCAUACAUAAUUAUACACACAUUUAUAUGUUGUAUAAUUUAAUUUUUUGUUAAGUAUUAUUUAAUAUUUACUAAAAUUAUUGUAUUUUAAUUUUAAAAUUAACUCAAUAUUUCAAUUUAUCAAACAAAUUGUAAAUCCUAUUAUUGACUAUAGAUACCAAAGUACUAAAAAAUAAGUUAUUUAACAUUUUUUGUUUUUUUCCUAAUAGUUAUAAGCAGAUUGUCUUGUAGAUAGUUACUUUGUAAUUUAUUGCGUUUGAUUGUGUUUUUUUUUUUUUAUGAGUGAUAUUGAGUUUAAAAAUAAAACUUUGGUAGAACUUGUGUAAAAGAUAAUUUUUUGAGAUGGUUUUUUUCAGAAUAUUAAAAUUUUUAGUUAUAGACGAUUAAAGAAUAAUUUGGGAUUUUCAAUAAUAAUUAAUAAUUAUUAAUUAUGCUCAUUGUACCAUUCAAUCCACCCAAAAUAGGUCAACGUAAAAUAUGUAAUCAUUAUUAAUUACUAUAGCUGGGUUCUGUAAAAUACUGGUAUAUCUAAAUUUUUCUGGUAUACUGGAACACUGCUUGCAUUAGUAAUUUAUCUAUUAAAUCAUAAAAAUCUUUUAACUAAAAUGAUUGCAAAAGUAAAAGAUUAAAUAGGUAUAAGGUAUAGUUAGAUUGCAUUUUAUAACACUCAAAUUUAAACUGUUAAAUUAGUCAAUAUUAGUGUCACUUUUGUGAAGAUGAAAC